AUAACUGCAAAGCUGGACAACCGGUAGUUGUAUAAAUUUAUUAUAUGUUUACGAAACCAAACGAAUAUAAAUUUCUUUCGGAUUAAGAGUAAUUCAUAUGUUUGGAAUUCUUGAAAUUCCUUAAAUCACAUCUGAAAGCUUUCUACCGAAAUUAAUCUUUCUAUAAUUUUCUUGAAAUAAUCAUGAGUGCUUGCCUUUAUUUGUCGAGACAUUUGGGAAGAAUAGGAAAGAGAGCUUGUUUUACAUCAAGCCUUCAAAGUUUUGUACCUGUGAGCACAUCGGCUGUCAGAGUUUCUUCCGAGACAUUUUUCGAAAGGAAUGAAAGACUAAAGAGGCCUCUUUCUCCUCAUUUGACUAUAUACAAACCGCAGUUAACAUCUAUUCUUUCUGUAACUCACAGAGCAACUGGUAUAGUCUUGUCCGGAGGCCUCUAUGGUUUUGCCAUUGGAAUGCUGGCUCUACCAGCUUCAUUUCCAUAUUAUUUUGCAUACUUUCAAACUCUACAGAUUGCAGCUCCAGUGAUAUUCUCUUUGAAGUUUGCAUUAGCAUGGAAUUUGUUUUACCAUGGAGCAAAUGGAGUUCGGCAUUUGUUUUGGGAUAUGGGGUAUGGAUAUGAUCUGAAAAAUUUGUAUUUAUCUGGGUAUUUAGUGCUUGGUUUUUCUUUGGGAGCUUCUCUCAUAGCAGCUGCUAUGUAAUGUUUUCUAGAUUCUCAUAUUUGUAGUUUAUUUUAACUCUACCACAGAGCUAUUGUGUAAUAUAUACUGAAUAAAAAAAAAAUCUGCGUA